AAUGUUUGAAAAUAAUAGUGUUAAAUAUGUUCCAUCAGUGCCUAAAAUAGUCGAUCCUGAACCAAUAACUUGUAUUAUUGAACCAAGUAUAUAAAUCAAUUGAAAAUUUUAGGCGAAGAAGAAGGUGGCUUAUAUUUAGGGAAUUUGGAAGCAGCUAAUAAUAUUGAUCUAUUAAGAAAAUUAAAGAUUCGAGCAGUUCUGACAGCAAGUCAAGAGACUGCAGUAAAAUACUAGGAGCAUGUUGUUCAUUUUCAUGAAAUUAUUAUGGCUCAUGAUAAAGCAGAUUAUGAUAUCAUAUAACAUUUUGAAUAGGCUUAUGAAUUUAUUGAUAGACAUAGAAAAUACACAAAUGUUUUCGUGCAUUGCUUUGCAGGUAUAAGUAGAUCAGCAUCUAUGGUUACAGCCUACUUAAUGAAAAAAUAUAAUUUAUCAUUUGAAAAAGCACUUUGGAAUGUUAAGGCUAAAAGAAGAUAAGUGCAUCCAAAUGUAGGAUUUAUUAGAUAAUUGUAAAAAUAUGAAACUGUACUAAAAAAUCAAGCAAUUUCUAAUGCUCCAUCAAGAAUUCAAUAUUAAUAAUAAUAAUUUCCAUAAUAUGGUCUUAUUUAAUAAUAAAUUCAACAGCCAAUCCAAUAAUCCAUUUUGACACCAUUUAUUUAAUAAUCUGUUCAAUAACCAUGGAAUCAAUCAUAAAGAUAUGAUGAAUUAGUUUAAUAUUAUUGAUU